CGGCGCGUUUUGUGGGAACCUGAUGCUUGUUGCGUUUAUCGGCGUUCUUUGAGCAGCCGCCGCGUCCUUUGAGGACUCACGACGCGUUUCUGGGCAUUUCGACGGCGAAGGUCGCGCGAUAUCUCGGAGGCAUGCCCGAUUGUUCUGGACAGGAACCCAAGGGCUAUAUAAGGAGGUUGGGCCGACCUUCAGGAGUUCAGUUCAGUGGGGAGUUCUCCCGCGGCGGAGUUUCCGGGCGAUAGUGCCGCGGGUGCGGCAGAGUGGCGAAGUCCCUGGACGAAGGUUCCAGGGCAGGGAGUGAGUGAGUUCAGUGGAGUCGGGAGGUUCCGGGCGAUAGAGUCGCGGGCGCGGCGGAGUCCCGGGCGAAGUUGCGAGUGAGUCGUCGUGUGGGAUCUCGGCGAAGGGUGUGACGGCGGCGGAGUGUGGCGACGGAGUCCCGCGGCGGAGACCCACGAGGGGUGCUGCGGCGAGAGUUGUGCCGGAAGUGCGGUCCAGCGAGGUGUGUGAAACGAGUGACUGGGGAAUUGACCUUUUUUACGUGUAAUUAAUUAUCUGCCAAUUUAGAAGAUUAUUUGUAAGUGACAAGUAGUGGUAGUAAAUAAAACUGUGUGUGUGAAAUAAAAUCUAUUAAUUGGGCUAUCCUUUACGAACCCGCAGGUAAAUCGUAACAUUUUGGUGUCAGAAGUGGGAUAGCCCUAAUUAAUAGUUUUAGGAUUCAGUUACAUUAUUAGAAUAAAAGUUGAGGAUAGAAUUUAGUUUUUGAGAAUAUAGUUAGUGUUUAGAACUUUAGUGAAUUUGGAUUUUUCUAGAGUUUGAGUAUUCUGUAGUCAGUGUUAGUUUUGAAUGUAAUAGAGUUAUUGUUAGUUUAAUUAGAAGGUUCGGCUAGGUCAUUUAAAAUUAAGAUCAGUAUUAGAAAAAAAAUUAUUUAGGUUGUUUAAUUAGUAAAUCCUUUAGAGAGAAAUGGCUGGUGAAGAGUUAAGUGUAGAAGAUAUCGGGAAGAUAAUGGUUGCCCUAGAAGAGAUCAAUAAUAAAAUGGAAAAAAUGGAGGCCAGUGUGAAGAACUAUAACAAAGAAAUGGUAACCAAAAUCGAGAACUUUACGGAAGAAAUGAAGAGUGGAAGGAAGGAGAGUAAGAACCACCAUGAAGAAAAGAAGAGCGGAUCAAAUAAUAGCCUAGAGGAAAUGAAGAAGGGUCAGGAUGAACUGAAGCAUGGCCAAGAAGAAAUGAGGAAUGAAAUGAAGACCGAAGGGAAGAUAAGCAUAGAAGAGAAGAACAGCCAAGAGAAAAACAGCGAAGAGAAGAACUGCGAACAGAAGACCAGUCAGGAGAAGAACAGUGAAGAGAACAGAGAAAUGAAGACCCGCCAAGAAGAGACCAGCCGAGAAGAGAACAACAACAAAGAGAAGAACAACAAAGAGAAGACUAGCGAAGAGAAGACUAGCGAAGAGAAGACUAGCAAAGAGAAGACUAGCAAAGAGAAGACUAGCAAAGAGAAGACUAGCAAAGAGAAGACUAGCAAAGAGAAGAUUAGCGAAGAGAAGACCAGCGAAGAGAAGACCAGCGAAGAGAAGACCAGCGAAGAGAAGACCAGUGAAGAGAAGACCAGUGAAGAGAAGACCAGUGAAGAGAAGACCAGUGAAGAGAAGACCAGUGAAGAGAAGACCAGUGAAGAGAUGACCAGUGAAGAGAUGACCAGUGAAGAGGAGAACUGCCGAGAGGAGAACAGUGAAGAGAACAGCGAAGAGAACAGCGAAGAACACUGCGAAGAGGACAUUAGCCAAGGAGAGGAGAAAAGCCAGGACAUGAAGAUGAAAGAAGAGCUGAAGAAAAGCAUAGAAGUAGUGAAGAUGAGUUACAAAGUAAGGAAUAUUGAACAAGAAGAAAUGAAGAUAAACCAAAGAGAGAGGGCUAAAUGCACAGAAGAGCUGAAGAAAAGCCGAGAAGAGAUGUACAUGAGUCAAGAAGAGAUAGAGAAGUGCAAAGAAGAAACGAAGGAAGACCAAGAAGAGACACAGGAAGACCAAGAAGAGGUGAAGAAGGACCAAGAACAGGGGAAGAAAGACCGAGAAGAGAAAAUGAGAACACAAAGAGUGAAGAAGAUGGUGCAAGGAGUAACUGAGUGCAGUCCAGACGAUAUUCAUAAGAACAAAGAGGGAAUGAGGAACCAAGAGACGAAGAAGAGCUGGGAAGAAAUGCUUUGUGAACGAGUAGCUACGAGAGAACAAACAGAGAGAAAAAGGGAAGAAACAAGCGAACCAUUGGGAGGCAACGAGCAAUGCUCUCAAGAGUAUCGGGUCCAUCCAAGGCAUCGGUCAGCCCGUCUCGGGCAGCUGGCUGAACGACAUGGGGCAUCUGCGACGCAGAAGUGUCGCCGGGUGACAAGAGAAGCUACAUCUAAUGAGAAAGAGGGUUAUCUGGUGAGACUGUACAGCCCGCGAUGGAGGAAAGGCAGGAGGCCUAAACUUCGAGUAGCAUGGGGACCUCCAGGAGGAGAUGCAUUACCUGUUCGGGACGAACAGGUUUAAGGAGGGGGCAAUGUUACGAUCGCGCUUGGCUGCAGUGCUUGGCAUCGCCGUGCUCGUUCGGCCUGUCUGCGUCCCCCUUCCACCCGCAUCCUCUCCCUGGUAUCUUGUGUCAUACUAUCUCGCAACAUCCUGACCGUCGCAGCGCGCACCUGCCUCAGAUCGAGUUACUUAAAAGAGGCCGCACUGCGGAAUAAAAGGACUCAGACAUGUUUAUCGGCGCAUUUUGUGGGAACCUGAUGCUUGUUGCGUUUAUCGGCGUUCUUUGAGCAGCCGCCGCGUCCUUUGAGGACUCACGACGCGUUUCUGGGCAUUUCGACGGCGAAGGUCGCGCGAUAUCUCGGAGGCAUGCCCGAUUGUUCUGGACAGGAACCCAAGGGCUAUAUAAGGAGGUUGGGCCGACCUUCAGGAGUUCAGUUCAGUGGGGAGUUCUCCCGCGGCGGAGUUUCCGGGCGAUAGUGCCGCGGGUGCGGCAGAGUGGCGAAGUCCCUGGACGAAGGUUCCAGGGCAGGGAGUGAGUGAGUUCAGUGGAGUCGGGAGGUUCCGGGCGAUAGAGUCGCGGGCGCGGCGGAGUCCCGGGCGAAGUUGCGAGUGAGUCGUCGUGUGGGAUCUCGGCGAAGGGUGUGACGGCGGCGGAGUGUGGCGACGGAGUCCCGCGGCGGAGACCCACAAGGGGUGCUGCGGCGAGAGUUGUGCCGGAAGUGCGGUCCAGCGAGGUGUGUGAAACGAGUGACUGGGGAAUUGACCUUUUUUACGUGUAAUUAAUUAUCUGCCAAUUUAGAAGAUUAUUUGUAAGUGACAAGUAGUGGUAGUAAAUAAAACUGUGUGUGUGAAAUAAAAUCUAUUAAUUGGGCUAUCCUUUACGAACCCGCAGGUAAAUCGUAACAAUAUAUAGGUACAUUCUUAUGUGCGAAAAACCACAGGAACGGCAACACAGAGUACUACAGGCAAUGGCAGCUUCUUUGUGUAGUCUAUCUAAUGUGAGCUAUAAAUGGACAUUUCUCAGAAACAAGUUGGAAUUUAGAAAAGCUAUUUUCAGGGUAAAUAGAAGAGCGUCUCUAGUUUUUGAAAACAAAUAAUUCUGAAUUUUAUUAUUAUUCACAGAAAAGCAGCGCUCUUAAG